AGAUGUUUUACAAUGUAGUUAUUCUACUUUUUGAUUUUGAAAUCGAAAGAGGAAGAUGAAAACAGUGGGCUACCUAGCUAUAUAACUAUGACGUAAAUGGAAUUGUUAAAUAAUUUUCAAAAGGAAAGCUCUGACAAAACGCAUAAAAAAGAUUAAACUUUAGGAAGAACCAGGCAAGAUGAUCUCAUUGUUCAAGAUGUUGAUGUUCAAUGUCGUUUUAGCACGACCAACAGAAUCUGCCUCAUCUAAAGAAACUGAUACAAAUGAGGACACAGAGGAAGAUUCUGGACCAAGUUCUGCAGAGGAAUGUGGCACAAAUAAUGUGUCAACAAAGAAAGUAGAUUCUAAAUAUAUCCACGUAGAAAACGCUUCAAAUACUGAUCAGUAUAGCUCAAUGUUAAAAGGUUUAGAUAUCAGUAACGAAGACAGUCACUUAUCUAAAUACGACAGCCCUAGGCCACCUGAAGCUGAUGAAUUUGCACAAUGUGAUUCAAAACGUCAUGAAUGUGUCGACAAACCAAAUGAACAGGCAUUUACAUUAUCUUUAGAUCGCCAUCCCUCUGAAUUCAACAGCUAUAUCAACAGUCAGUGGAUGCCAGUAUCAAGAGGGUUGACACCCUAUCCAACUUUAUCGACAGAUGAUUUGACAUUGGAUGCGAGGGCAUGUGCUCUCCCAAGAAGAAGAAAGAAAACAACUGCAAAAACUAAAGUUGAUGAAUCAAAAGAUUAUGGAAAUACAAAAGAUAAAGCCAAAGAGGACAAUACUGAAACGACAGAAGGCGGAGUUAGAGAGCAAGACUCCAUUGAAGAUUUCAUUAAAGGCCUGGUCGCCACGCAAAUCCCGUCGAAACCAAAUGUAUUAUUUUUCGAUGCAGCAAUUGUUUAUGAAAAGGAAGAUUAUAUUGAAGCUUUGAAUUUCAAAGAGGAAACACUGAUGAUAGUGAAAUCAGAAUACAAUGAGGAAAUACGGAUUGAACUUUUUGACAGUGAAGCGUUUGCUCAGUCUAAAGUAUGCGUGGUGCAGGAUGUGAUUGAUAAAUGUAGUAUGAUUUUUGUUUACUUAACUAACAAUUUUCGAUCUCCUGAACUGAAAUUUUUUGUCGAGGAAGCGAUCGGAAUUUGUCGUUUACAGUUAGGUAACAUGUCGUAUGGACCUGUUCAUAACAACAGUCAAUGGCUUGUUAAACCAGUUCACACUGCGUCUCCGAAAAUGCGUGCCUACAAAGUACCAUCCGGGUUACUUACCAUUAGCGGAAUAGACUGGUAUGAUAAACAUACUGAACACACACAGCAAAAAAUCCGCGCUGUAGUACGUACUGCAUAUAAUGCAAGAAAGCAGAGAGAAAUGGAAUCAUACAUAUCUGAUAAUUCACAUAUGCCAUUGCAUAUGAAUGACAAGGUUCCUAUUAGCCAGACGAGGCCUGUGACAACAAGAACUACAAGCACAAAGGUUGCGUCAAAUGCAAGAAAUAUGAGCAACAAGCAACGUGAACAUAUCAAUUCUAACGCAUCGGUUGAUGCUAUGUCUUACGUUGGGAACGUGCCACAAUAUGAUUUUAUACGAAGUCAACAAAAUACCUACCCCACAGGGGAAAACUUUUCGAGACCAGUGCUUCCCACAUCACCAAUGAGUGAUGGUCACCACCGUUCACCACACGACAGAGUUCCUAGUCAGUAUUUGUCGACUAGUUAUCCAUAUGGUCCAAUUUAUCCGGAACAAAACGCUCAUAGAUCUCUACCAGCAAAUACGAUGACACAAAACCAUGGUCAAACUGGUCAAUACCCUCAAAUGCUUCCUCAAGCAAACCAAUACUUUCAGCCUUCAGGAUACCACCAGAUCAAUGCACAAAAUGGAUAUAUUGUUCAGUCUGCUAGUAUGCACGAUCAAUUUCCACAACCUCCGCGUCAAGGAGACGUUUUUAAUUAUUCAAAUGCGCCUGUUUAUCCUGGCUAUGCCAAUACACAGACUAUUAAUCGUCGCAUGGAUGCCCCGCAAACAGGCUAUCAUGGACACCUUCGAUCCGGCCAGAACCAACCUCCAAAUCUUACGGGAAUACAAUACAGUCCUGAAAUCUAUCCAGCUACACCACAUAAUAACCAAUAUACAAAUACUGGAAUGCACAUUAACAUGCAAGGCAACAGCAGCAAUUUUCAAUUGCCUUUGCGGCAGCAAGGUAUAAGUGCCCAACAGGCAAAUGGUUACUAUCAGAACCAACCGUUAAGUAGGGACGCUUAUCCUAGCGAACAGGGAAACUUUCUUCGUGAUCAAAGAAAUGAUGCACUCCCACCCACACAACUAAGUGUCGUUUCACAAGUGACAGGUAACCUAAUAGUGAACCCGAACCUUUCCACUGAUGAUGUUGAAGUUGAUUACGGCUCCAUAAAGCACGCAGGCCAUGCUAAACAAGGAUCAAAAUAUGGCAGGACAAAGCACAAGCGUUCUUCUAAAAGAUACGAAUCAACAGAUUCUGAAGAAUCCAGUAGCGAUAGUGAUUGUGAUAUUCGGAAACAACGAACACAAAAUCGAGUGAAGAGAAAGGUGGUUAAUAUCGUUGGCAGUAAAAUAGUUCAAAUUGGGCGAAGUAACAAAGUAGUCGAAAGCAGUAUCAGUUACUCUGACGAUUUUGAGAACCCACAUUUGCUCGAAACAAAAUAUGAGCAGGUCGGAACGAAGUCUAGGACGGACUAUACUGGAAACUCUCUGUCAAAAGUUAAUGAAGGUUCUUUUGUACAACAAGUAAGCUCUGAUAUGCAGUCACCAUCAAAUUGUAAUAUUUUAUCAACGGAUAACAUGUCGUUAGACAGCUCACUAGAUACGUUAAAUAUCAAUAAGGAUUUUAGAGUAAAAGAAAAGUUUAUGAUAGAUAAGGUGAUAUUGCCAGCCAAAGCAAGUGUUAAAGAUGAUAAGCAAUUGGAAGGCCGUUGUAUUGAAUUAAUGAAUAUGAAUGUAAUCGAUACCAAACAUGCAAAUAACGCCGAUUUGAAUAUAAAAUCGAAUGAUCGAUAUUCCCGUGGAUAUUCUGAAAAAUUCAGUUCAAUUCGAUAUCAUGGUUCAAGAGUAGUAGACCUUUCUCCGGAUCCGAUUGAAGAUCGCUGUAACGAAAACGAAGAUAACUUGUUUGAAAGUGGUUCGUACAAUAAUGAGCAUACAGUCACCGAAGCAACCUUUAUGUUCAGCAAUGCUAGGAAAGAGAGAGCAGGAUUACUCAAAGGGGGUAGUCUGUUCUUAAAGUCAAGUUCACAGGAUAUACAUGUAGCAAAUACAGAAAAUGAAAUUGAUUGAUCGAAAACGUUUAGACUAUUAAGGGAGUAUUGACGUAUCUACAUGUAAUGAUUCAUUCUAAUGACUUAUAGCUUACAAUAGUAUUAUUUUUUCACGUGUGUUUGUAUAUAAGCUAUUUUUUCGUUUAUCAUGUACUUUUUAUAAAUACAUGUGUAUUUAGUGUUACGUAUUUCAUCGAAAGAUUGCCCGAAAUUAUUUUUUUCCGCGUAAUGAAUUUGUUGAUUGUAAAGUAUUUGAAUUUUUUACAGCUGUACAUUUUAAAACAGUCGAGAUGGGAGUGUUUAUUUUGCUGAAAUUUGCGUCUCACCUGUUACAGACGAAAUACGCUAAUACUUGUAAGCAAUGUGUAAUCUCUCAUAUCGUAAUGGAUUGCAUUGCUGCUGAUCAAGGGGAGUUUUCAAUGUAUUGUAAAGCGAGAUAGCAAUUUCAUAUCAGUAUGUUAAUCCUGCAAAAAAGAAUUGAACGACAUUAUACAAUAUGUAUAGUGGAAACUCUCUAUCGGUUAAUACACGUUUGAUAAAAUGAUUGUUCGAUAUGCUUAUCUAGACAUUUAUUCCUCCAAAUUACGAUUUCAUAAUUGUUAAUGAUAGCCUACGUGUUGUUAAGGUUUGAAUAUUAUUGUUCUUCAUACAUUGUUUUACAAAUUUUGAAAGCUUUGAUAUUUUAUAACAUUGUUUUACAUUAUCUGAAAAUUAAAUCGUUUAUAACAUAUGAAAUCAUUUAUAACAUAUAAUCAAUACGUGAUUGACAUUUCGGCACUAAUGAAACACACCGAACUUGCGUAACGAACGUGUCUUUUGAUUGUAUAUAUCUGACGUGUAGAUCAGAAUAUCUGACGUGUAGAUCAGAAAUAACAGUCAUUUUUUUUGACAAAGAUGAGAUAAAACACAUUAAACACUUGUACUCAACACAACAAUAAAUGAAAAUAAAACAAUAUAGAAUGAGCAUCGCUUCAUGAUAUUUUCACCUUAGUGCAGUAUCAGGUUAACUCCUAUAAAGUUAUAAAAUGAGUUAUAAUUAAGGAGUUAAAAAGUUACUGCCAAGGUGACGAUGUGCCAAGAUUUAAAAGUUUGGUAGAUGGCUUAUCACGCUGAUGAAUUUCAAUUUUCAUGCAAUGUUUAUGUUUGAUAAUAGAUGUUACUUUAGCAUUUAAUAGAACUGAUAGUUAUGUAAUUAUAACGCAUAAUACUGUGAUAUACCAGGCUUAAGUACAUGUAUACAUGAUAUUAAGGCUUCGUCAUUUUUUUUUAAUUCACUUAUAAACCCUUUACAUUAUGAGCAUUUUGUGAAAAAUGGCUGUUUUCAUUUAAAAGUCUCCCGUUAAAAGUUCAAAUUGCUAUAAAACUAUAAAAAAACUGUUUCAAUACUAAUCAAACUUGGCACAAAUGUUGACUGGACUAUUCCCUUUGUAACAAAGUGCUCAGUCUUAAAUUUCCUGUUACCAUGGCAACGAGGGGACAUCUCAAAAUUGCCAAAAAUCACUAUUUUGCGUUGAAUUUUUUCCAUCCAAAUUGAUUUCAAAGUGCUGCAACUUCUCAAUGGAUUGAUCUAGAGUCAAAUGCUUUUCAGCGUUGGUUACACGUUACCUUAUGAUCGACCUGGGGUCAUUUUUAGCCUCUCACAAGUUCACAAUUUUCUUGGCGAUGAGGGGAGCUGCCGUUUUUGGAUAGGGGCGGCGCCGAAAAAGUAGUCAUUUUUUAAAACAACAUUUCUUAAACUAAAACAAGUGUUGGGUGCCUAAAUAAGGCAUUUUCACCAUUUGAGACAAAAAAAAGGGGGGGGGGCAAAGGCGUUAAAAGGCGUGUAUAUCUGGUAAUGGGUUAAAAGAAAAUUAUGAAAAUACCUGAAAUUACCCAAAAUCGCGUUCUUCCAUGUUAAAACAUGACCUAAUACAUAAUUUUGAAGAAAAAUUGUUGUUUUGUAGAAUUUGGUAUUUUUUUCAUUAAUAAAGAAAACUAACAUUUUUUAUGUUUGUUGUUUCAAAUAAAGAUUAUUGAAGUUGUAUCUCAAGA